AACCAUAGUUAAAUCAUCAAUCCUGAAACCCUGUCUUUUGAAUAUUAUUUUAAAAUAUAUGUAAUACUAUUAUUCCUAUUUAAUUAUCUAUUAGUUUUCAUUUAUCCUAUUAAUUAUUUUAUUCUGUCUUUGUUUUUUGUCGAUUAUUUUAUUUUAUUCUGUCUUAGCAAGCAUUCAUCGCCAGAUUCACAGAUAUCUUAUAAGACAUCUUCCCCAUCCUCCAAAAGUUUUAUUUUAAACAUAUUAAAUGAUCUCCAAAAGCUGAUUAGCUCUCUUUAUCUAGAGUUUCUUUUAUCUAUCUUCUCCCUUUCUGAAUAUCAUUUUCUGUUAGAGCAUAACCUAAACCCUUUGCUAACAAGAUUAUCUUGAAAAUAUUAAAAAGCCAUAGAUGCUUUUGAGUUUUAAGCAAUGGAUAUGACUCUUAAAUCUCCUGAACCCGAACCCGAAAAUCCAACCCGUAUUCAACCAGCCAAACCAAUCUCCUUCGGCAACGGAAUUACCAAACGCCACCACCACCACCACCACCCAAUCGCCGUCACCUACAAAGAAUGCCUCAAGAACCACGCGGCAGCGAUUGGCGGUCACGCACUCGACGGUUGCGGGGAGUUCAUGCCGUCUCCUUCUUCCACACCUUCCGAUCCAACUUCCCUCAAGUGCGCCGCCUGCGGUUGCCACCGUAACUUCCACCGCCGUGACCCUGAAGAUUCCUCUCUCACCUCAGCCGUGCCUCCACCGUCUCUUCCUCCAUCUUCCACACUCGAGUACCAGCCUCACCACCGUCACCACCCACCUCCACCGGCUCCUCAUCUCCGUCGCAGCCCUACUUCCUCUUCUCCGCCGCCUAUAUCCUCCUCUUACAUGCUACUCGCUCUCUCCGGCACCAAUAAACCCGGCGGAAACAGCUUACCGUUCUCAGAUCUCAACUUCGCCGCCAACAACCUCUCCACUCACCACCUUACCCCAGGCUCUCGCAAGCGGUUCAGGACGAAGUUCAGCCAAGCUCAGAAAGAGAAGAUGCACGAGUUCGCCGACCGUAUCGGGUGGAAGUUUCAGAAGCGCGACGAGGACGACGUGCGCGACUUCUGCCGUGAGGUUGGAGUCGAUAAAGGAGUACUCAAGGUGUGGAUGCACAAUAACAAAAACACCUUCAACAACCGCCGCGACCAGCCAGUCGCUGGCGGAACCACCGUACAUUGCGUUGACAACGACGUAGCAGUUAACAACGCCAAGGAUGAUGGCGUUCACGGUGGAAACGGUUUAGAGCACAACCUACACGGCGAUGGAGCUGACGGCGGAAACGCUAAUGGCUCGUCUUCUUCUUCGGGAAAGAGCAAUAAUGAAGCUUAAGCUUUGUUUAGCUUAGAUCAUAGAGAGUAAGCACUGCUAUUAUCGUCUUAAUACAAUUUAUUAUAUCGAUAAAACUCUUUUAGCUCUUUUUUGCUUUUGUUUUUACUACUCAUUAUUUUGUUUUCCGAUUUUAAUUUGAUCCUCAUUACCACGAAGUUGUCUCAGUGAGUUAAUAAUAUAACACGUUGAGUA